AUCGAUUAUCAUCGAUAUGGUUUUUUUUCAAAAUCCAUCUGACAAUAAAUGAAUUGAAUUGUGAGCUCUUUCAGUAGUGCAGUACGACGAAGCAAUAACGCAACGAUGAUGAACUACUACCGAGUGUCAUUUUUACUUCUUGGACUGUUCUCUUUCAAUGCAGCACAAAAUUGUCCAGAAAACUUAACAAGUUCCACCCAGUACGUCUCCGAUCCCACAGAUUGCCGGAAUUAUUGGAUAUGCAAUCACAAAGUCCAAAAAAAGAUGAGAUGUCCUGCAAAUCAAUGUUUCAAUCCAGAAAUCAAUGAAUGCUCCUAUAAGGAUGGAAUAGAUUGUACUCAGGGUACUUUCUUCCCAGACUGCAGCAAUUGUACUAAAUACUAUGAAUGCUCCAAUGGAAACCAAAUUCACAUGACUUGUCCAGAGAAUUUGUGGUUUAACUUUGUCGAAGAAAGAUGCGAUUAUAUCAGGAACUAUCCAGUGCUUCAUGGGUGUGGAGAUAUUCGUUGCACAGAGGGACCAGACCGUAAGAAAUACAAGGUAGACAACGACAAAAGAAAAUUUAUAUGGUGCAUCAGUGGCAUGGCUUACCUGUAUGCUUGUGAAUGCAAGGACUAUGAGAGAUGUUACUUCGAUUAUGAAAAUCAAAAAUGUUGGAUCAAUGCUCAACCACAGCUGAAUAACUUCAUCAUGAAAGAAAGCUCCAUCAACAACUUUGAGAAUUCUUCAAUCCCGAAUAUAUGCAGAAGGGCACCUUUGCUAGACAACUAAUCGAAAAUUCAAUAAUGUGCAAUAAAAGUCGAAAAUUACUUGAAAUUCUUUUAUAUUAUUCAAAUUCAUACAAUUAAUUAUAAAAUACUCAA